AUGCUCAAGAACUUUUGGAAGGGUGUCAGUGCUGCUGAAGAUGACCACAACUCUGGGGAAGAUGAAGCUGAUUAUUUUAGCCAUGCUGCUUCAUCAGCAUUAGAAAAUCCGUCAGUACCUCUAUCAUCCACAUCUACAACACCUCCAAGAAGGACGAUUUUAACACGGCAGAGCUCUGCUCCUCUACCCGCUCCACUGGCUCCUACAGCGCAUGUCGCGAGCGUAACUCAGCGCACAGUCAACGACGAACAGUUGUACAAUGAGCUUGGGUAUUUUGCACCAGCAGACCCUCCUGACGAGAUGGAACGAAGGAGAGCUUUGUACAAGUUCAAUCUCUGGAAUACUGCGUCAGAUAUCAACUUCGAUCGCAUAGCUCAUUUGGCCAAAUUAGUGUUCAACACGAAAGGAGUGUUUAUUUGUCUGAUUGACGGGACUGACCAGUAUUUCAAGUCAGAGUGGGGCAUCAAGGUUUCACCGUGCUCACGAAUGCGAUCGUUUUGUGCACACUCCAUUUUACAGCGAGACGAUGAACCAAUGAUCAUCCUAGAUGCACAACGUGACUGGAGAUUUGCGUCGAAUCCUCUUGUUACUGGCCCACCGAAUAUUCGCUUUUACGCGGGUGCACCGCUGAGGACACAGGACGGUUACAACAUUGGCACUCUCGUCGUCAUCGAUGACUCACCUAGAGAUGAUUUCACGCCAAGACACCGGCACACGCUGAAGGAGUUCGCAGCCAUAGCAAUGCGUGAGAUGGAGUUAUGGAGAGACAAAAUACAGCUCAGGAUACGGGAUCGGAUUCAGAAAUCAGCAAGUCUCCAUUUAAUGGAACAGUUCAGUCGAGAAUGUAUAGAGAUCGACCCUUCUUCCCGGCCUCCCCUCCUUCCACGUUAUUCCAGCUAUCAGCACCAAUCUUUUCUGCACGCCGGCUCCAUGGAUAUCGUAUAUUCUCGCGCUGCACGCUUAGUGCAGCGAACACUCGACGUAGAGGGCGUCAUUGUCAUGGAUGUGUCCCAUUGUGAUAUGAACGCGAAUGCUCCCGGCGGCGAGGGUAGCGUGAGCGUUGUCAUGCACUACGGUGAUCCGACAAUGGAAACGAAAGUAAGAAGUUUGAGUGGAGAGGAGUGGGGUCGAUUAGGCCGAUUUUUCGACAAAUGGCCAGAAGGGAGAGUUAUGGAGGGUAUCGUUGAUUCAAGUUGGAGGGCGUUCCUACCGACGAGGGUUGAGUACGCCUUAACUGUACCCAUAUUCAACAUUGACAAAAGACCUUUCGCUCUCCUGUGCGCGUAUAAUUCGUCUGAUUCCCAGAAACGAUUUUUGGAAGGACAUGAACUUUCUUAUCUGAGAGCAAUAGGUGUCAUCAUCUUAUCUGCGGUACUCAAGAGACGCAUGAUACUAGCUGACAAGGCAAAGAGCUUGUUUAUUUCCAACAUAUCUCAUGAACUUCGAACGCCUUUGCAUGGAAUCUUGGCUGCCGCGGAGUUACUUGAAGAGAGCAAUCUCAAUCAUUCGCAAGCAUCUUUCUUACAGACAAUACAAGCUUGUGGAACUUCUUUGGUUGAGACCGUCAAUCAUGUUUUAGAUUUCACCAAGUUGAGUGGAAACUCCAAGUCGGGAGGAGUAGAGAACGUUAUUGUACCAACAACGGUCAAUCUGAUGCAACUGGUCGAGGAAGCCGUAGAUGGCUGUUGGGUUGGGCAUCGUGCUCGUCAGGCGAUCGUCGGUGACACUGGGAUCGGUAGUGUGUAUUCUCCGCCGGCGGAAGAUGGCGCUCCCUUAGCAGUGAGAAGCAAGCAUGUCGAGACCGUCAUCGAGAUCGGCUACCGCCAAGAGGGGUGGUUACUCAAAUGCGAGAAGGGCGGUAUUCGACGAGUUCUGAUGAAUUUGUUUGGAAAUAGUCUGAAGUUUACCACUGACGGUUACGUGCACGUUGGUCUACGGCAACUGCCUCGUACGGAAGAUCUACCUCCCAAUCAAAUCAGAGUGGAACUUUCUGUACUGGAUACUGGCAAGGCACGUUUAGGCAUAAGCCACAGCUUCUUGAAGAAUUACCUCUUCCAUCCAUUCUCACAAGAAAACCCCUUACAAACAGGAACCGGGUUGGGUCUAGCUAUCGUACACAGUAUCGUCCGGUCUGAAAGUGUGGAUGGAAAGGUGGACGUUUGGAGUGAUGAAGGUGUUGGCACGGAGAUCAAAGUGACCUUCCCCGCAGAGCUAACGGAUGAGGGGAACGAGGGAUUUGGGGCAGACAUGGGACCAUUUAAGUUUGAUGACUGCGACCAUCCUGCUUCUGUAUCCCUCGUUGGAUUCGGACAUGACCAUCGUGGAGUCCAGCUUCUUGAAAGCGUCUUGAGGUCAUAUUUGACUUCAUGGGGUUUUGAAGUUCGAGAGGAGGAAGAAUCAAAGCUGGGAGAUAUCGUGAUAAUCAACGAGGAGGUGGACCUUGUCAUCAACGCAACAGAGCGGCACGAUACCAUGCGACCGUUUAUCGUUCUUUCUGGAUCGCGGGGAAGCCCCAAGGUCCUGUCUGUUGCUAGUGAACAUGAACGGAUUGGCGGAUUUUGCCGUAUUCUGUACAAACCAGGAGGACCUUCUCGUCUUCAAGCAGCCCUCAAGCUUUGUAUUCAUGCGCUGAAGAUUCAAUCACAAUCCCCUGGGGCCAACUUCAGCGACCGAAUGGAAGGGUUGCAUCCGGACGUGACCAUUGAUGGGAUUACGCCUUCGCCGUCGAUGUCCGUAAUUUCGACGAGGCGCAAUUCAGAGGAGACUGGUAAAUUCCCGAUGUCAAGACCCACUCUUCCGAGAUCAAUUACCGCGCAUCCUUUGCCAUCCACAUCUUGGAAGGGGGGGUUGAUGAAUAGGGAGAGAGGCACGGCGGGAUCGAGUUCGGAGCAAAUAACAGAGGAAGAAAAACCGAAUGAGUCUGAAACAUUUUCGCCGACAAUUAACGUUGGGACGGGAGGAACACUACUCAAGUCCUCUGUUGGCACGAUACAGACUAGGGUGAGCCGAUUCAAAAUAUUGGUCGUGGAGGAUAACAGUAUCCUGCGGAGCUUGCUUACACAAUGGCUAGCCAAGAAGGGAUACGAUUUCCGGGAUGCAGUAGAUGGCCGAGACGGGGUUAAGGUGUAUCAACAAGAGGGUCCUUUUGAUGUCGUACUCUUAGACUUGUCAAUGCCUAUACUUGAUGGUGUUGGCGCAACAGCAGAGAUUCGCCAGAUCGAAUCUAGCGAAACGAAUAACGACCGUCGUCAACAUCCAACAAAAAUUCUUGCAUUGACAGGGAUGUCAUCCCUCGAAGAUAAACGGAGAGCUUUUGAAGCGGGUGUUGAUGGAUAUCUUGUCAAGCCUGUCGCAUUCAAAACUCUAGAUGCAAUGUUCCAAAAGCUGGGAAUAUCAUAA